AUGCUUGUCGACGAUGGGCGAGCGGCUCGUCCGCCACUUGUAGUACCGUCUCCGCCAGCUAGUACAGGGAUCAGCGAACGUAGUCGUCACUCACGUAAGGUGACGCGUGAUAUUGCAGCAUUAGAUUUCCUACAGAACAUUCCUAUGCGGUCUGAGAGCAUUCUCACAGUCACCGAACCACCGCCUGCUUCGGAGAUUGACACUGACGAGUCAAAGGUGGAUAGUGCCAAUGGUUUGAAUGCAGGAGUAAAUAGCUCUGAUAUAGAACCAUUGGCUGGAAGAAGAUUACCGGGUAUGACAGCUACAAUUGUACACGUACCACCUCUGUUCCGCUACCGCUUUACGACAAAAUUUCCAGCGGCAUCAGCCGUUGUUCGACGUUGGGAGGGUGUUACAGCUCAGCAAGGACUACUGGACGCUAGAAUAUUCUUUUCUAGAGGUCGUGGGUAUCCACUAGCGACAUCGACUGUUAUAAAGUACAAUGGCAAUGAAACGACAGCGAGGAGGAUCAGGUUUGCGUCCAUGAGCACAUUGGCCUUGGAGCGGCCGUCAUCGACUCACUACGACUGGAGAGGCACCUCAUACUUCCGACUGUUGCACGCCACUUGGUCGGCUUGCGAUGCGGAUCGAGAUCGCGAAGACGCUCACCCGGAGCGUGUACCAUACUCGGCCAGUUUCUUAGAUGAUCCAGAAUUCCGUCAGGGUCGCCACCGACAUGUGGUGCGUGGUGACAAGAGUCUCGGACCCAUUGUGUCCAGUAUCCUGCUAUUUGUCAAGCCACAUGAGCUUAAGGACGAGCUAAAUCAAAAGUUUCAGGAAAAGCAUGCGUGGUGGCUGCAAGACCCGUCGUUGUCAUUGAGCAAACUGAGGCAUUUGAAGCGAGAGGCGAUCAUGUGCAGUCAGCGACUGGAUCUGGAAGUUGCCACCAUGGCUCUGGCCUGUGUGCUUUUCGAAAAACUGGUGCUGCAGCACUACGUCACGAAGGUCAAUCGCAAGCUUUACAUGGCAGUGUGUUUUCUACUGGCUGCUAAGUUCAACGAACCCUGUGCAUCGGACAAACGCAAGCGUGUAAUUCAUGAGCUACUAGAGGAUAUUGACCGAGUGCACGCCAUUCCAUCACGAGACGUUCUCACAGCUGAGUUCACAGUGUAUGCUCAGCUUUCAUUCAACCUUCACGUUCCUAUAGCUGAAGUUCAUCCACACUUUGUUCGAUUGUUGAAGCUUAUUGAGAGUAAUCCGCGCAAGUAUCUAGACGAUGACGUCUUUACAUCUUACUCGGCGUUAUUGGCGAAGGAAAAGCAGGCAGAAAAUCUUGGUAUGGUAUUGUUGGAUCCUCUCGAUGAAUUUGAUGAGACAACGGACGGUGAGGCCCGAUUGAGUGAUGAGGGGGAGGACGCUGGACAUAAAAGCGGAAAGGACAGCGAGCAACGAGCAAGGAAGCGAAAAAGUGCUGGUGGUGGGGGGUAA